UUAAUUAUGAUGAUAUCUAUUUAUCAAUUGCGCAAUGAUAACGUGAUUUAUAAAAAACCCUCUGCAAAUUCGAAUACUCAUCAAACGAGCUGCAGCAUGAAGAUUAUCCUUGUAGUAGCAGCUCUGGUUGCGUUGUGCUACGGCCAUGUAAUACCUGCCCUGAAUGACAACGUGGAAGCGAGCGACGUGGAAGCGAACGCUGAUGAUGUAGAGGAACAAGGACGCUACGUGUGGGUCGAGAACGCUCAGGGUGAACCCGUCCUAGUUGACCUCGACGAACCUGCUGAUGAAGAACUGCUGCAAAGUCAAAGGGAUGGAAGGAACAACGUAUACAGACUUUUUACCCGGCGUAACCGCGACAACCACCAUACGCUAGUCAUCAACCAAGACAACACUUUAACGAGUUCUCAGUUCAACGGAGGCCGGCCUAUUAACGUUAUCGUUCACGGAUGGAAUAACAAUGAAAACUCUCCUAUGAACCGACAAAUCAGGGAAGCUUUCCUCGAUAAUGCGGACUGUAAUGUCAUUGUCGUCGACUGGAGCCGUCUUGCUAACUCCAACUACAUCACAGCAGUGAACGGUGUCCCAGGUGUUGGUGAACACCUCGGAGACUUCCUCACCUGGCUUAUCAGGGUCGGACGUGGAAACUGGAACAAUGUUCACCUAGUUGGCUUCAGUUUGGGUGCUCAUGUCGUUGGAAACGCUGGACGCCGAGUUAAUGGUCAACCUCGACGUAUCACUGGUUUGGACCCCGCGGGCUACAGAUGGCAUAAUAACAACAGAAGGCUGAGUUCCGGCAAUGGCAGAUACGUAGAGGCCAUUCAUACUGACGGUGAUAUCCUCGGCAUCAUGAACCCGAGUGGACACGCUGACUUCUACCCGAACGGCGGCAAACACCCACAACCAGGUUGCUGGUUACGCCCAAGUUCCUGCUCUCACGGCCGUGCUACAGAACUCUUUGCAUCUACCGUAGCAAACAACAAUUUAGUUGGGCGCCUAUGUCCCAAUGUUUGGGAAGCUGAACUCGGAACAUGCAAUGGAAUUUCCUUCCGUAUGGGCAACCCAGACUUGGGCAAGAGCGGGCGUGGAUUAUAUGCGCUCAGGACGAAUGCGAACUGGCCUUUCUAAAUGGAUGUUGACUAAAAAAUUUUUAUAGGUAUCUACUUAAAUAAAAAUUUGUAAUCGAACCAGAAAAA